AUGCUGAGAAGUGUGAUACUUCGGCACAGUCGAACAGUGACCAGGAGCAGUUGGAUCAGAACGGAAUGGAAACGAACAAUUAAGAAUGAAAAAAAAGAAACGGUCUGAGCUUGAACUGAAACACGGAAAGAAUUGCGUAUUCAGGGUCUGUUCGGAAAUCAGAGUCUCAAAUCGGCCGAUAGUCUUCGAGAUCUUCCGACAGCAGUGAAAAUAUCCACAGACGCAUUGCUAAACGAACUGCUGACGCCUUCUGCGAAUUCGAAUCCGCGAAAGUCAAUUCAAAUCGUCGAUGAUAUUUCGAAUGAAAUUUGCAAAGCAGCUGAUUUAGUAAACGACAUUGAAUCCUCUCCGUUUCUCCUUUCUAUCGUCCGUUUUCAGGCAGAAUGCGUCCGUCAGUUGCACAGUGACUCGGAAUUCCGUGAAGCAGCAGAAGACGUAUCAAGAGACUUUUGUGAGCUUGUGGAGGGUCUGAACACGAACGGGCCGCUCUAUAACAAACUGAAAUCAUCGGAAGCGAGAGACAUUUUGGAUGACGUGGACCGGAGGACUUUGACUCUGUUACUCGACGACUUCGAACAGAGCGGAGUGCACCUGCCGAACGACGAGAAGACACGUUUCGUGCAGCUCUCUUCGGAGAUCUUCGACGCUGGAGCAAGGUUUCAGGCGAACUGCGACAGAAUGGUCGCCGUCAAAAAGUAACCGAAUCGGACAGCUCGUUUCGAAUGAAAUCGCUUACAGGUUUGAUCAGGCACAGUAUGGACUGCCUUCUCAACUCUACUCGCCGGUUUCCAAUUCGUUGGACAGGUCGAAGCGGAAAAUGGUGUACAAUACGUUCUAUCGACACGACGAUCGGCAGGAGACGUUCCUUCGAUCGCUCAUUUCUUCACGCCAUCAACUCGCUCUUCUCACCGGUUUCGCAUCGUUUGCUCACCGAGCGCAAAGAAAUUCGUUGCUCGAGGAUUACGACACCGUCCGAAACUUCCUUUGGGGAGUCGUUGAGGUUCACACAAAGUGUACGUCUCUCUGAACUCUUCUUUUGUUGCAGCAAUGUCGUGGUGCGUUCGAAAAGGAACUGGCCGUUCUGAUCGACGUGGCCGCGCAGUGCAGUCAGCAGGACCGGAAUGCGAACGGCGACGUGGCGACGAUUGCCGAACACGAUCUGCCGUUUCUGAUGCAUUUGUACAGGGUAACGAUCGAGUAAAAGAGACGCGUCCUUCACGAAACAGUUCAGGAGAGCGCGUAUGACAUUGCGAGGACGACGCAGGAAGCUUCUCCGUUCUUCACUUUCUCUUCCGUUUGGAACGGAUUCUCCACACUCACAGAACGGCUUUAUGGAGUCCGUUUGGUAGAAGUUCCCGUUCGCAGCGGAGAGAUGUGGGACGUUCCGGGUGUGAUGAAACUGGUGGGUCCUAGUGGAAAGAAAGGUCAGAUCAAUACGAACUCGGGUUCAGAAGGCAGUUGAUGAGCAAAAUAACGAGUUGGGAGUCAUCUACGUCGACAUCUCCACUCGGCCAGAGAAGGCUGUCGGCGACUGUCACUACACCGUCCGAUGCUCCAAACAACUCUCCGACGGCUCGUGGCAAAUGCCUAUUCUCGUCCUCUCGCUGGGGAUCGUCGAGAGCCGAGACCACGAAUGGAUGAAUUCUCGGGUAGAGAGCACGUGUCAUCCUCUAUAAAAUGCUCGCUUUCCAGGUGAGUUUGCAUUCUGCCGAAACAAUGUUCCAUGAGCUGGGACACGCGAUGCACAGUAUUCUGGGAAGGACAAAAUAUCAACAUGUGGCAGGCACGAGAUGCCCGCAAGACUUCUCGGAAAUCCCCUCCAAUCUGAUGGAAUACUUCUUCAGUGACUUGCGAGUUAUGACAGAUGUCAUCCGGAAAAAGGAUGGAUCCAGUGAUCAGUUGUCGAUCGAAUCGGCUGCCACACUUCUGGCUUCUCGGCAUUCUUUCACUGCCAUCGAGACUGUCCAACAGGCCGCCUACGGACUUUAUGACCUGGAAGUGCACGGUCCCAUCGCAGCUCCACAGAUCUCUUCCGGACGAAUGAGCACAACGGAACUGUUCCACGAUAUCAUGAACAAGGCGAUGCCGCACGUGCAGAGAUCGUCGGACGCGGCGUUCCAGCACAGAUUCCAUCACACUGUCCAAUACGGAGCGAAGUAUUAUUCUUAUCUCGUGGCUCGAGCAUCGGCUUCUCUCAUCUGGCAACAGAGAUUCCAGAGCGAGCCGUUCUCUCGGAAAUGGGGAGACUGCUGGGCAGAAGUGCAAUCUCACGGAGGAGGACAUCAUCCGUCCGUGCUGCUGGAGAAGAUUCUCGGCUUCCGACCGACCGAGAACGAUCUGACGCUCGCGCUCUCGAAAGAAUCUCACCAUUUGGCCAAUCUUGAUGCAGUCACCGUUUAG